AAAGCACAGAAGGCGUGGUGGCUCUGAUUGAAGAGCUUGCUCCUUGUAACGAUAUUUGCGAUCACUUGGUGCCGACGGCGGCGUUUACGUCGUGAUCGGCUCAAGAGGUGCGGCGUCGGACGCCGAUGAACACAAUUUCUGCGCAACGAUGCGCGCGACACAAAGAAUCUGCUGCCUCGGCUGCAACAGUCGUAGUUGCACUGGACUGGUCCAGCUGCAUCCGCGCACGGUAUCCCUUGCAUGUCUGUUGCAAUGCUAGGAAUUGCGACACUUCCUUUUUCGGUCUGUUUUGCAUAGCAUCAGAAGUUUCGCUGGUCGGAACGUUCAUUCGAAGCAGCGAUGCGAAUUUCCACGUUAUACAGUACUGUGCAGUUCUUGUGCGGGUUUGUAGUACUUUUACGCGGGUAGCGAUUUACGGUUUCAUGAGCAAGCGCACAGUAUGAUGGUUACGAACAGCACUCUGGCAUGGGCAAAAGCGAUGGUUGGCAAAUAGAGGAGUUUUCAGGCCAGAGAGUCUUCCAUUUUUGGUUUCGGUAUGAUAUCCUAGUAAUGCUCCAUUCGAGC